CCAGUUUCACCUACCAAAGGAAAACCAAUAAACGUGUGGCGAAAGUUUUUAUUUAAUUUAGCUCAGAUUUCAAAACUUAAAGUCUUUCAUUUCGCAAACUUGACAUAGUUUACAAGCCAGAUUGAUGUGUAAAUUCCGAUAUUUUUCGACACUAAUUGCACAAUACGAUGUAAUGUUUGUAUGAAAUUUAAAAUUAGAAAAACAAAAACAUCUCUUGGUUUUGUUCUACUGAUAUUAGAUGAGAAAUUAAACAAACUUGGCGCUUUUUGUAUUUUCCUCUCUUAAUGUUUGUUAAUUUUAUCGGUAUUAUGUGAACGAGUCUUGAAUUGAUGCUAUUAAGACACCACAACUUGACAGAAAAUUUAGUCCUAGUAUUACCAAACUGUUUGAAUUUCAUUCACGAACUUGCAAAAUGGAUUCUGCAACUACAAACCAUGAUCAAAUGUUACCAAGAACCGACAACAAUGAGACCGAUAUUAACGUUUCUUCUUUUCACCAACAACACACGACUGACUUGUUACGUUGUGUUCCAAUUUCUCUCGGACCUGAAAAUAUGCCUACGAAUAUGAGGACUCUUAUUCAGAAGCUAUGCGAGCAAAUUUACAUGCAAAACGUGAUCAUUGCACAACAGUCUGUUUUGCUCCGUCACAAUAUCCGAUUUCCCAGACCUCCAAAUUCAGAUAGAAAUUCUGGUACAGAAGCUGCAAGCGAACUGCCAUUGCAGUCAAGCCUCGGUUCAUUUACCCAACUGCAUGACAAAACCAGCCAAAAUAGCGAUGGUUGCGGCCAUCCGACUUUUUCGCCAGCCGGUUUAGAUGAAUCCCGUGCAAUAAACAACCCGCAAUGUGUCUUCAACUACUCGGCAAUUUCUCCGUUCAAGGACGAUAGAGGCCUGCUCCCCGAAGAUAACGGAGAGCUAUCUUCGCAGAAUGAAAUAAACUCAAUCCCGGACGAGUGCUACAUCGGAGCAUUCAUUGCAAUUUCACCCACUUGUUUGCCCGAUAAAGAUAGUCCUACCAAGUGUGAAGUGCACAAGAUACGCCACCGCACCCGCACCAAGUUGACCAAGUCUGAGGUGGUGUUGCUGAAGUCAAUCUACGAGAACACCCCCAGUCCCUCCAAGAGACAAUUCGAGGAACUGGCCAACAGCACCGGACUGCCAACCAAAGUCCUUAAGGUUUGGUUCCAAAAUACGCGCAGACUUCGCCGCAACACGUGUCCCAGGUGCAAAAGAGUAUUCGUGACAAACCAUCUGUUCGUCAAUCACUCCAAACAAUGCCAUAACAACAACAACUGCAAGCACCCAAAGAUCAACUCCUCACCUGAACUAGAAAAUUGAAGAAAAAACGUUCUGCAAUUUCGGAUCUUUUCGAAUAUCUUCCACAAUGCUUAACUUGGAUUAGUGCUAGUUUACCGAUGGAAGAAUGCUUUAAAUUAUGCAUGCUUCCUAAGAAAACACUAUGGGUAGCAGGAAAUUGUUAAAUGUAUGUGUAAACU